AUGAGAGGUCCGACGAUUAUCAAGGCUGAGGAUGAUAAGACGCGACAGCUGAACAAGCACACGCUCAUGGCCUUCUCGGGAGAGGCUGGAGACACCGUCCAAUUUGCCGAAUACAUCCAAGCGAAUAUUCAACUGUACACGAUGCGCAAUGACACCGAACUCAGCCCGUCUGCCGUUUCCAGCUUCGUCCGGGGGGAAUUGGCUCGCAGUUUGAGGUCACGGAGUCCCUACACCGUCAACCUGCUGUUGGGCGGAAUGGAUCCAAUCACUGAAAAACCGCACCUGUACUGGGUUGACUACCUGGCAUCUUUGGCGCCAGUACCAUAUGCCGCACACGGCUAUGCCCAAUUCUACUGCCUCUCCAUCCUCGACAAGCACCACAACCCCAACAUUUCUCUUGACGAGGGAAUCAAGCUUCUUGGAAUGUGUACAGACGAACUCAAGCGCCGACUACCAAUUGACUACAAGGGGGUCCUGGUGAAGGUGGUGACCAAGGAAGGCGUCAAGGUGGUGGACUUUGAUAACGAUAGAAUCGUCCGCAGUGCGUAA